UAUCCCGAACCUGCGAACGCCCCCAUCCCCAUGUCAUCCCGAACUUGCUGCUCCGGCCUCCCGGCGACGCCUCGCCGGCAGGCGGGCCACCACACCCUCCCACUCCCGGCGGCUUGUGGCCUCGCCUUGGCCCCCGAAUUCGGCUCUUAUGGCCGCCGCGGCCGUCCUCCUCCGCUCUGCUGCACCAGCACUGCGCGGACUCGGGUGGUCGCUUCUUGUUCCGUUCCCAGGAGGAAUGUAGUAACCACACUGCUAUCCGCUUCAACGUUGCUACUUCUCGGACCAAGACAGAUCACCUUAGCUGAGACCACCGGCGGUGCAUUCAGGGAGUACAUCGACACAUUUGACGGCUACUCCUUCAUAUACCCAAAGGGCUGGAUCCAGGUCAAAGGAGCUGGCGCGGACAUAUUCUUCAGAGAUCCGGUCCUCCUCGACGUGAACAUGUCCGUCGACAUAUCAUCCCCUUCUUCGUCAGCAUACAAGACCGUCGAGGACCUAGGCCCCCCUGAGAAGGCUGCAGAGGGAGUUCUGAAGCAGUAUUUGACGGAGUUCAUGUCGACCAGACUAGGCGUUCGACGCGAGUCGAAUGUCUUGUCAGCAUCGUCCAAGGUCGCCGACGAUGGCAAGCUCUACUACGAAGUCGAGGUGAACAUCAAGUCCUACGCAAGCAACAAUGAGCUAGCGGUGAUGCCGAAAGACAGGGUGCAGAGCUUGGAGUGGGACCGGCGGUACCUGACAGUCCUCGGUGUCGAGAACAACCAGCUGUACGCGCUACGGCUGCAGACGCCGGAACGGUUGCUCUCGGAGGAAGAGGGAGACCUGAGGAGAGUCAUGGACUCUUUCAGGGUCAACAAGAUACAAGCGUAGUGCUAAAAUGUGCGGCAGCAGCGAGCAAUGUUUUGCACAGUGGAGAUAACAGAAUUUUGUAUAGCCGACGCCAUUCUUUAUUCCCUGACACUAUCGGUUAAUUUUCCUUGGCUUGUAAAAGAGCCUACAUGUACCUCGUGUGCUGUAUUAUAGUUUCAAAAGUAGUGUCAAAAAACAUACACA